AUGUCUGAAACACUCCCAGGUCGAUCUUCCGUCGAUGAGUCCCCAGUUAGCGGCGAUGAAGAGAUCGUCGAGCCUGAUCAGGGAAAUGGUAAGGUCCCCGGUACCUCCGCAGGCAGAAGCCUACUAACAGUGAAACUAGUCUUGUCACACAUCAUUUCUCAGCUCCGACCGGGUGCCGACUUGAGUCGGGUCGUGUUGCCUACAUUCAUUCUCGAGCCCCGGUCGAUGCUGGAGCGGAUCACCAAGUAUGUACUGAUUUCCCCAGCUUUGGGCGCUUGGCGCUUGGCCUCUGGCCCUACAGAACUGACGUUUUCUAGCUUUAUGGCUCACCCCGAUACCCUUCUCCCCAUGUCCACUAUUGACGACCCAGUUGAGCGAUUUGUGUCGGUCGUCAAGUUCUACCUGAGUGGAUGGCACAUCAAGCCGCCAGGAGUGAAGAAGCCGCUGAACCCGAUUCUUGGCGAAACCUUUACCUGCUACUGGGAAUACCCUGACAAUACACGCGGAUACUACAUCUCCGAACAGACUUCUCACCACCCGCCCAAGUCCAGCUACUUCUUUAUGGCACCGGAGCACCACAUUCGGAUCGACGGUACUCUCAAGCCCCGUAGUAAAUUCUUGGGCAACUCGGCGGCUAGUUUGAUGGAAGGUAUUGCGACUCUGCGGCUGUUGAACCGUGGCGAGAACAAAGAGAAAGGCGAGACAUAUAUCCUUACACAGCCGAACAUGUAUGCCCGUGGCAUUCUUUUCGGUAAGAUGAAGUAUGAGCUUGGAGAUCACAGCUAUGUCCGAUGCCCCGAGACCGGCCUGGCGGCCGACAUUGAGUUCAAGACAAAGGGAUAUUUCUCCGGAACCUAUAAUGCUAUUGGAGGCACCAUCAAGAACGAAAAGACCGGUGAAGUAUUGUUUGAGCUGUCUGGACUGUGGAAUGGUGAAAUGAUCAUCAAGGACGUCCACGGGCUGAUGAUCUCGCAGAGCCACAAGAAGGAUGUUUUAUUCGAUGCCACCCACGCAAAGCACUCGAAGCCUAUCGCCCGCCCAAUCGAAGAGCAGGGAGAGCGGGAAUCGCAACGGUUAUGGCACGACACUGUCCAAGCUAUCAUCGCCCGCAACCACGAAGCCGCCACAGACGAAAAGACCAAGAUCGAAGAUCGUCAACGUGAGGAAGCUGCCAAGCGUGCCGAUGAUGGCGUUGAAUGGAAACCUCGCCUGUUCCGUGCCGUUCAGGGUGGCCCUGGUGGUCCGGACGAGGGCGACGAGGACCUUGACUGGAUCCUUAACGCCGAGGUCGACUCUCAUGACCCGGAAAUAGCCAAGAAACAAAUCCUAGCCAUUGUGCCUAUUGUCCCAGGUCAGAAACUGUCAUCCCAUUUACAAAUUCCGCCAUACAGUGCGUUGCAUCAUGCGGCCAGCGGCUUCCAAGGAUAUCACUAA